AUGUAUCCUCAAGUGUUACAAAAAGCCCUUGCUAGGCAUUGCUCUGAUCAUAACCCUAUAGCCAUUUUUUGUGAAGGGAUGAAGCAUGGACCUUCUCCAUUCCGCUGUUUCAUUUUUUACAAGAAGUUGCAAUUGCUAAAGCAAAGACUUAAAGACUGGAGCAAAAUGGAGUUUGGAGAUGUAGAUAGAAGGCUAGAAGAGCUGGAAAAUAUUUUUGUGGAUUUGGAUGCUGAGGAUGAUGUCAACAAUGGACUCACUGAGGAACAAUGGAAUGAAAGGCUGCAAGCUAGACAAGAUUAUUGCAAACUUACAAUUUCAAGAGCUGAAAAGUGGAGAGCAAUGUCAAGAGUUAAUCAUAUCAAGGAUUUUGAAAAUAAUACCAAAUAUUUUCAUAGGUUUGCCAAUGACAGAAGAAGAAGAAGUUACAUAGGCUCAAUAAAGGUCAAUGGUUCUUUAACUUCAGAUGAAAAUGAAAUUAAAAGUGGUAUUGUAUCCUACUUUCAAAAUAUCUUUCAAUCUCAGCACUCUAGAACUUUUUCUAUGGAGGGUAUGGAUUUCUCAAAAAUUUCAGAGGAAAGAUGUGCUUGGCUUGAAAGAGAAGUUGAUGAAGAAGAGUGUAUGUCUGCUAUGAAGUUACUUGGUCAAAACAACCCCCUGGUCCAGAUGGGUUUCCAAUAA